AUGAGCGCGGGCUCAGAGCGCCGGGCGGCGGCGGCCCCCGGGGUGGUGCCGGCGCCCUGCGCCUCGAAGGUGGAACUGCGGCUGAGCUGCCGGCACCUGCUGGACCGCGACCCGCUCACCAAGUCCGACCCGAGCGUGGUGCUGCUGCUGCAAUCGCAGGGCCAGUGGGUGCAGGUGGACAGAACCGAGGUAGUCCGGAGCAGCCUGCACCCGGUCUUCUCCAAGGUCUUCACGCUUGACUACUACUUCGAGGAGGUGCAGAAGCUGCGCUUUGAGGUCUACGACACCCAUGGGCCCAGCAGCCUGAGCUGCCAGGAGGAUGACUUCCUGGGGGGCAUGGAAUGCACUUUAGGGCAGAUCGUGGCCCAGAAGAAGGUGACCCGGGCACUGUUGCUGAAGUUCGGCAGGAACGCGGGCAAGUCCACCAUCACGGUGAUAGCCGAGGACAUCUCCGGGAACAACGGCUACGUGGAGCUCUCCUUCAGGGCCAGGAAGCUGGACGACAAGGACCUCUUCAGCAAGUCAGACCCAUUCCUGGAACUAUACAGGAUCAAUGAUGAUCAGAGCGAGCAACUGGUGUACAGGACAGAGGUGGUGAAGAACGACCUGAGCCCCACCUGGCAGCCUUUCAAGGUGUCUCUGAGCAGCCUGUGCAGCUGUGAGGAGUCGCGGCCUCUGAAAGGCCUCGUUUGGGAUUACGACUCCCGCGGAAAGCACGACUUCAUUGGAGAAUUCUCCACCACCUUCGAGGAGAUGCAGAAAGCCUUCGGGGAGGACCAGGCCCAGUGGGACUGUGUGAACUCCAAGUAUAAGCAGAAGAAGCGAAAUUACAAGAAUUCUGGGGUGGUCAUCCUGGCAGACCUGAAGCUCUACAGGGUGUACUCGUUCCUGGACUACGUCAUGGGCGGCUGCCAGAUCCACUUCACGGUGGCCAUUGACUUCACGGCCUCCAAUGGGGACCCCAGGAACAGCUGCUCCCUGCACUACAUCAACCCCUUCCAGCCCAACGAGUAUCUGCAGGCCCUGGUGGCCGUGGGAGAGAUCUGCCAGGACUACGACAGCGACAAGAGGCUCUCUGCUUUGGGGUUUGGAGCCCGGAUCCCUCCCAAGUACGAGGUGUCCCAUGACUUUGCCAUCAAUUUCAACCCCGAAGACGAUGAGUGCGAAGGGAUCCAGGGUGUGGUGGAGGCCUACCAGAACUGCCUGCCCAGGGUCCAGCUCUACGGCCCCACCAACGUGGCGCCCAUCAUCUCCAAGGUGGCCCGCACAGCCGCGGCCGAGGAACGCACCCGUGAGGCCUCUCAAUACUACAUUCUGCUGAUUCUGACGGAUGGUGUGGUGACCGACAUGGCGGACACACGUGAGGCCAUCGUGCGCGCCUCCCACCUGCCCAUGUCCAUCAUCAUUGUCGGGGUGGGCAACGCCGACUUCACCGACAUGCAGGUGCUAGACGGCGACGACGGUGUCCUGCGCUCCCCACGCGGCGAGCCCGCCCUCCGCGACAUCGUGCAAUUUGUGCCCUUUCGGGAGCUCAAGAGCGCGUCCCCCGCGGCAUUGGCCAAGAGUGUGCUGGCCGAGGUGCCCAGGCAGCUGGUGGAAUACUACAGCCACAAGGAGCUGCCUCCAAGAGACCUCGGCGCCCACGCCUGA